AUGUCGUUGGCCAGCCCCACGAGCAAGGCUCCCAUGGACUGGACACCACCGUCGAUCGAAUCCCUCGAUUUCGCUUCAGACUGCAGUCUCGUCGCUGACUUUUAUAGUACCUGGUUUGAGACACUUGCAGAGCCUGACGUGACACUAGUAAAACCGCCGCAUGGAGACGUCAACAUCACUCACUGGAUCCCUCGAACCAUCGGCGCGGACAUCGUUGAAAAGUACUUCAGAGCUGCAUUACCUCCCAAUACGCAGAACGUGCCUAGCUACGGCCAGAUCUUAGAGUGGGAACUUCAACUCCGACUAAACUACUCUCAAGAGGUCCAGGCAUGGCUUGACAUAGAGGACUUUAGUAAAAGGCACGAGGCCAGGCUGAACGUGACUUAUUUCAACGUCGUGGUUGAUAUCCCUGGUCGGCUUUGCUCUGAACAAGUUUGUUCGGCUGGCGGGUUUGAAUGGGAACGGCUGAGUGAUUUAAAUGGACCUGGUAUAUACGCGGCCUAUAUAAUCCAAGGGGUUGUUGCGAGCAUGUUCGUACUCUUUGCCCUCUUCGAGACAGGCCAGGUAUAUACUGGGAGAAUCCCCAAAUCGCAGCCCACACUCUCGAAGCCAUCCUUGCGAGAGCACCUAUACGCCUCCGUCAAGCAGUCCUUUGACGGAUUCUCUGACUCCGUGGGGGUCUUCACCCUCGCAUUGCCAUUCUCCAUCCUGGCCGAGUUCUUUUCCCGAGAAGAUGGCGUGCAGUACAAAGACUUUCGCGUGGCGGGGUGGGUUCUGGCCUACAUCAUGAGUCUGGCAGUCUGGCUUUACAGAAUCGGGAGGCUGUUUCGCCGCGUCGAUACGUAUAGGCUCGUUGGAAGUUCCGACUUGUCCACGGAUAAGAAGGUCAAGAAGGAGUUUACAUUACUCCUCCUCGCUGUUUCAUCCUUCCCCGGACUAUUCUUCUUGUUUUUCUUGGUCGUUAUAUCCCUUGUUUUCCGAUUCGAGGAUUUCUGGGACGACAUCUGCGGCUUCAGUUACAAAAGUGACGAAAUAUGGCUUGCCGUUGUAGCGUUCGUCCUCAUCCUUUGGUGUGUCCUGAGGGAAUUCAUUUUAGCUAUCGGCGCAGAGCUCACCAAGCGUCGGAUCCGCCAACGCCAGACAGUAGCGCAGGCGCCGCAGCCCACUAUCGCUAGGGUCUUUUCGGUCUUGGACAAAAGGGUACGGGCAGAUCCGAAAUACCAGACCUGGGCUUUGGUUUUGGGGCUGGUCGACGCCAUCGUUGUCGGCGUUUGGACCUGGAUCAUCUUCUAUCGUUACAACCAUUAUCGGAGACAGCUAUUGGACUAUGCGAACUCGGGCAAUAAAAACACUUGGAGCCUUGGACAGGUGUUUGCUCUCGCGUCCGUGAUACCGAUUGGGAUUGGGUUCUUGCGCGGCAUGUGCCCAUUGAUCUGGUAUUACAAGGACAGGAUUAUUCUCUCUGCCAGACGUUGGUUGGACGACACAAUCCCGAAGAGAUUCGUGAUACUGGUUUUUGCGCCCUGGGUAUUCUAA